CGCAGCUCUUAAGGUCGACGUUGCGCUCACCAGCCUCGAGCUUGCGCUUGCGGCCCUUCAGGUCGGCCUGCACACGAUCGGGCAGCUCGGAGGCGUGGAAGACCUGGCACGGGUACCCCAUUGCGGCGCAGUCGUUUUAUGAAGUUAUUGGUGGAUGACGACGAUGGAGGCGGCGACGGGCGCGCGACUGUUGGGCGAGGUUGAGGAAGCAAGUCUGGAGGAGAUGCUCCAGGGCGUGCGUUCAGCCCUGACUCUUGCCCUGGAACCAACAUCCCCCGGUAAUAGAGCAUCAACCCAAGGUCAUAUCCAGGCAGCCAAGUCCACGCACAUGCAGCCGUUGGAUCAACUUGCAGCUCGUCGUUUCCAGGCCACAAAGGCCGCAGGUGUGAGUCUAUCUGGGCGCCAUUUACCGCUACUCUACAAACUCAUCUCAACCCUUGUUUCCCCUCCGCACCUACAUGCCCUGCUCGUCAUUGACUUGGAUGGGCGUUUUGAUACGACCCGUCUCACCUGCGUCGAAUCCAAUCUGCGUCAUGUCUACGUCCAGCGGCCCGCUCGCAGCAACACGGAACGUCUCCGCGCGGUGGUGGCCGAAGCCGAGGGCUUCAUGCUCUACGGCAACGGCGCCCACGCGAGUACUGCCCGCCAGUGGUGGGGUACCGUCGUUGUGGGAGGCCUUGGCGCUGGGGAUAUCGCGGCAGGCUGGAAGGGAUGGCUACGGGUGGACCGCGAGCACAUCCGCGGCUUCACAAUCGGCAUCAGUGCGGAGGAGGCCAUGGAACAGCGGGGCCGGCGCCAAGAUGCCGUGGAUGGAGCGGGAUGGGCGGCUACGUCAGAAUGGGGAGGCUUCUCCUUCAAGGAGAUCGGCGGCCGGGACGAAGACGACGAGAGUCAUGCAGACGAAGAAGAGAGCCGAGUAUGAACUUUUGCAAGCCAAGCUAAGCUACUUCCCCGAAAAAUGUUCUGCAUGGUUGACGUAGGAGUUCGUGUUCUUCCGAACUUCUUUAAUUCACUCAAG